GACAAUCUUGUGUGUGUGUGCGCGGGGGGGUGGGGGGUGUACCUUACCCUGCUCCAUCACUAGAAAAGCAGGGGAGCAUAACGCCACCGCGUCAAUUUGAGGGCGGACAUCGGCCUGUCCUCAUCUUCCUCCUCCUCCUCCUCUCUGCAUGCGCGCUUUCUCCUAUCUGGGUCUCCAUCAGUCUUCAUGGUUCUGAUCUCACCCCGCGCCAUGCAAGCCACUCGGGCGUCCACCACCGUCAGUGUGUUUGCAGACUGCAGCAUCCCGUCCGGGCUCCGGAUAGGACCGGUACCUGGCAUCUUCAAACUGGGGAAGUACGUGUCGGACCUCAAGGAAACUGGACCUAAGAAAAAGAUCCGUUUGGUACGUGGAGAGUUUGUGGACGAGUCGGGCAGCCCUGUGCCAGACUGGAUCGGAUUUAUUCGGGCCGCAAGGAACAGCCAGGAGCAAAACCUGGAGGCAGUGUCGGACUUACCUGGCGGACAGAUUUUUUACCGCGUCUUGAGGGAAAUCCAAGCAGGAGAGGAGCUCAGUGUCUGGUACUCCAACGGUCUUGCGCAGUGGUACGACAUCCCAACAACGGCCACUCCUACGCACGACGAGAAAGGCGAAGAGCGUUACAUCUGCUGGUACUGCUGGAGAAUAUUCAAAUAUCCAAACACUCUCAAGGCCCACAUCCACUUCCACUGCGCCCUGAGCAACGGCAGGAGGUUUCUAAGCAGCGAGCAGGCCAGAGGAACCGAGACCUUCAGCAGGUCGCCAAAAUCCGGAGACAUCCCGAACACCUCCAGCCACAGCUACCCCUCAGACUCCAGCAGGCGGGCGGUGUCCUCCUCGCCCUUCCCAAACAACAAAAGCGGACUGUCAAAGAAAGGCAGCUCCGAGGAGCAGGACAGAGCCCUGGAUAUGAGCGUCACGUCAUCCAGAAACCAGGGACACCUCCUCGGUCUGGGUGCAGCAUCCUCGGUGCUGGGCAGCAUGGGUUUCCAUCCGGGCGUGCGCUCCGCCUUCAAGCCCACUGGCGGCUCCAAAGUCCAGGGCGCGGAGGCUUCCAGAGAGGAGGCCGCAGGGAAGCUGACCGGCGCCGGGUUUAGUAAACUCAUAGGAAACAUGAAACCGAUUCGCAACCUCGGGGAGGCCCUGAGCGGUUCCGGGAACCACCAUCCUAAGUGCGCUCCGGCCAUCAUGGACGCACCAUGCGCAAAUCCCAUACGGGGAUUCCCGCUGCUGCAGCAUGUGGAGGAAACGUCGGCCUUCAAGCACGUCGAGAGCCGAAUGCACGCCGGCUUGUCCCCGUCCCGGUACCCCCAGAUCCCCCCCGGUUUGCACUUUGAAAGGUUCUCACUUCCUCACUUUGACGGCGUGAAGGCGUACAGCGGGGACUGCAACAUCCCGCUGAUGCCCUUUACAGUCUAUAACGGAGAGCUGCUGUACAGCUCGCCCUAUUACCCGCUCAAAUUCCACUUCAGCAACCUCCUCAAAUACCCAGACUCAAUGCCCUACUUUGGCGCACCGCCUCUUGGUCAGGAACUGGGCUCCAUCACCAAUAUCGACCGGGAGAUCGCCAUGCACACGCAGCAGCUUUCAGAGAUCAGCGCGGAGAAGAACCGGACGCGCCUGGACUCCGUUCCGGCAGGAAGCACCGGCUCCACCGGAUCCGGCAAACCCAAAAAGGGCCACCUGUGUCUCUACUGCGGUAAGCUGUACUCCAGGAAGUACGGCCUUAAGAUCCACAUGAGGACGCACACCGGCUACAAGCCGCUGAAGUGCAAAGUUUGCUUCAGGCCCUUCGGAGACCCGAGCAACCUGAACAAACAUAUCCGGCUGCACGCGGAGGGAAACACGCCGUACAGGUGCGACUUCUGCGGGAAGGUUCUGGUUCGGCGGAGGGAUCUGGAGCGGCACGUCAAGUCCAGACACCCCGGACAGACUCUGAAGAAGCUGGACGACAAACCCGGGGGCCCGUUUGAGGACCCGGAGCACAAGAGCGAGAACGAAAGCGAUGUGGACGUUUGCUUCACCGACGACCAGAGCGACCAGGAGUCCAACAAAAACACAGACUGAGCUGCUUCCACGGACACAGAAAACUAAUCAAGAGUUUUUAGUUUUUUUUCUUUUUGGCGUAGCAUGAACAUUUCAACUAGUUUUCCCAGUGACAUGGUCUAAACAAAAAUACAACACUUUAAUACAUUUAUUUUUUAUUUGAUUUAAUCAGGCUGUUUUCGGAAUGUCAUUUAUGCAUUUAGCGAUUUAUUCAUUAAUAAGUGUGAAAAAAUGGCAGUUUUCUUUUAUUUUCCUCGCCAAUUAUCCUUAUAACAUUUUUUUUUAUUAAGUGGAACCAAAAACAUUGUUUUCAUGCAGGCACG